CCGUCCGCGCCUGGCGCGUGGCUCCUUUGUGUACAGCAGCUGCUCCUGAAUGCGGAGGCAAAGCCUGUGGCUUGGCACUGAGCUUUUAAAAAACAACAGCCCUCCCUCCUUCCCUCCCUCUCUCCUUCCCUCUCCUCUGCCCUCCCUCCUUCCCUCCCCUCCUCCCGCCGAGGUGGACGGGCACCCACCUGGGGUCCGCUGCCCACCUCUCCUCUCAUCUUCCUCUCUUCUCCUCCUUGUUUACCUGCACUUUUCCGCCGCCUCUUUCCCCGCUGUCCCCGCCGCCCCCCGGCCCUCGCUCGUCCCCGCUCUCGGGCAGGCUCGGCGCCCCGCAGCUCUGCUCCCUCGGCGCUUUGCCCGUGGCCCUACCCCGGGGAAGGCACUUGAAGGUGGAUCUAUUAAACCUCCCGGCGGCCUUUCCAAGUGGACCAAAUCUCCAGCAUGGAUGUAAGAUUUUACCCGGCUACGGCGGGCAGCGCGCUCCCCGGAGACCCCUCCAACCUGGACUUUGCCCAGUGUUUGGGUUACUACAACUACAACAAGUUUGGAAACAAUAACAACUACAUGAACAUGGCAGAGGCAAAUAAUGCAUUUCUUGCUGCAAAUGAGCAGACGUUCCAUACGCCAAGCCUUGGGGAUGAGGAGUUUGAAAUCCCACCCAUUACCCCCCCGCCCGAGUCAGACCCUGCCCUGGGCAUGGCAGAUAUCCUGCUCCCCUUUCAGGGCCUUGCAGACCAGCUGCCUGCACAAGGAAAUGAAUUUACGCCUCAGUUUCCCCCCCAGAGCUUGGAUCUUCCCUCUAUUACAAUAUCCCGGAAUCUCGUGGAGCAGGACGGUGUCAUCCACAGCAAUGGAUUGCAUAUGGAUCAGAGUCACACACAGGUUUCCCAGUACCGCCAGGAUCACUCUCUGAUUAUGAGAUCCAUUGUCCAUAUGACUGAUGCUGCUCAUUCGGGAAUUAUGGCUCCGUCUCAGCUCACCACCAUUAACCAGUCUCAGCUGAGUGCGCAGCUGGGGCUAAAUUUAGGAGGCACUAAUUUGCCACACACUUCUCCCUCCCCUCCUGCAAGUAAAUCAGCCACUCCUUCCCCAUCUAGCUCUAUCAAUGAAGAAGAUGCAGAUGAAUCAAACAGAGCUACUGGAGAAAAAAGAGCUGCCCCAGAUUCUGGCAAGAAGCCCAAGACUCCAAAGAAGAAGAAAAAGAAAGACCCCAAUGAGCCACAAAAGCCAGUGUCAGCAUAUGCCCUUUUCUUCAGGGACACACAAGCUGCAAUUAAAGGACAGAACCCGAAUGCUACAUUUGGAGAUGUUUCAAAAAUAGUGGCAUCUAUGUGGGACAGUUUAGGAGAAGAACAAAAACAGGUAUAUAAAAGAAAAACUGAAGCUGCCAAAAAGGAAUACCUAAAGGCACUUGCUGCCUACAGAGCAAGCCUUGUUUCUAAGGCUGCUGCAGAAUCUGCUGAGGCCCAGACAAUUCGUUCUGUUCAGCAAACACUGGCAUCCACAAAUUUGUCUUCCUCCCUCAUUCUGAAUAGUUCUCUUUCUCAACACGCAACGGUGUCGGCAUCUCCCCAAACUCUUCAGCAGCCCCUUUCCAGAGCAAUUGCUCCAAAACCCUUGACCAUGAGACUGCCAAUGAAUCAGAUUGUAGCCUCUGUUACCAUUGCACCAAACAUGCCAACAAACAUUGCAGCUCCCUUGAUAAGCUCUAUGGGCACAAACAUGGUGGCAACGCCGUCUUCAUCUCAAGUCAGUCCCUCCAUGCAAAGCCAGCAGCACCAGAUGCAGCAGCUCCAGCAACAACAGAUGCAGCAGAUGCAGCAGCAGCAACUACAUCAGCAUCAAAUGCAUCAGCAAAUACAACAGCAAAUGCAGCAGCAGCAUUUUCAGCACCACAUGCAGCAACAUUUGCAGCAGCAGCAGCAUCUUCAGCAGCAGAUUAAUCAACAGCAAAUGCAGCAGCAGCUGCAGCACAUACAGCUUCAGCAAAUGCAGCAGCAGCAAAUGCAGCACAUGCAACACCAGUCCCAGCCUUCUCCCCAGCAGCACUCCCCGGGAGCCCCGCAGAUCACUUCUCCCAUCCCUGCCAUGGGGAGCCCUCAGCCAGCACCUCAGCAGCACCAGUCACAAAUACAAUCUCAGACACAGACUCAAGUAUUGUCACAGGUCAGUAUUUUCUGAAGAUAAAUGAUCUUGCAACAUGGCUUUGUGUUGAUGGAGGGGGUAGGGGUAAACCAUAUUUGGCUGAAAACUGUAAAUUGUUGAUGGUAGUUAUGCAGGGAUGCAUAACAGAUCAAAUGAUCCUCUAAAGUGUCUAUUAGAUAGGCAAUAAAGAACUACAAUGUAGCUGUGUAUCAUCUUUUAGCUGACUAUAAAUCAUUUUGUUUAAAAGAAAAAAUGCUGUUCUCUUUUUCAUGUGAUGCCUUUUUAAUUUAUUUAAGCUUUACCUACAAUAUGUGAAUCAACUGGCCUAAUAAAUACCUGGACCUUAUGACUGCAAAAUGGCCUUUCAGAGUUAUUUGCUGUAACCCUUCUUUCUCUAAAAGUGAGUAAUGCACUUCAAGGCAGUAUGAACUCAUGAAGCCCUUAAAGCACAGUUGUAACUACCUGUAAAAUUAUGAUUGGAUUUCAUACAAUCAUACUUGUAUGACAUGAGUUAGUUAAUGGCAUUUUUUGUCAUAAAAAAUAGAGUAAAUCACAGAUUUUUGCCAAAGCUCUUAUUUUUUUCUCUCUCUUAAAUGUCUUCAGAAAAACAAAUGCAAGUAA